GGGCCGGGGCCGGGCGCGCGCCCCCCGCCGCCCCCCGGUCGCGCAUGGCGAUCCGAGUCGUGCGGGCGGCGGCCGGGGCCGUGAGGAGAGCCUGCGGACCGUGCAGCCCGAGCCUGGGACCGCGUCUGCUCCGCUUGCCCCCCAUGGCCGGGAACGUGGAGGCCCCCGCACCCGUGGGCGCCCGGCCGGAGCGCGACCCGAAGGCCCGGGGUGGCUGGCGGGGCGGGGCCAGGAUCUGGGAGGAAACGGAGCAGCAGGCGAAGAAGCUCCGGAGCGCCUCGGACGCGGAGCAGCACAGGAAGCUGCCCAAGCGGAAGAUCGUGCUGCUCAUGGGCUAUUCCGGGAAGGGCUACCACGGCAUGCAGAGGAACGUUGGGUCCUCACAAUUCAAGACCAUCGAAGAUGAUUUGGUGUCUGCCCUGGUCCGGUCGGGCUGUAUUCCUGAAAAUCACGGUGAAGAUAUGAGGAAGAUGUCCUUCCAGCGGUGUGCCCGCACCGACAAGGGCGUGUCCGCGGCGGGCCAGGUCGUGUCCCUGAAGGUGUGGCUGAUCGAUGACAUUUUGGAGAAGAUCAACGGCCACCUUCCACCUCACAUUCGGAUACUGGAUACAACAGCCACGCAGACACGACCAAGGACGUGCUGGCUCCCCCACGGGACAGGACUGAAGAGGGUCACAGGCGGCUUCAACUCCAAGAACAAGUGUGACGCCAGGACCUACCUGUACAUGCUGCCCACGUUCGCCUUCGCCCACAAGGACCACGACGUGCAGGACGAGAGCUACCGGCUGAGCGCGGACACGCUGCGGCGGGUGAACGCGCUCCUCGCCUGCUACAAGGGCACGCACAACUUCCACAACUUCACCUCGCAGAAGGGGCCCCGGGAGGCCAGCGCUCGGCGCUACAUCCUGGACAUGUUCUGCGAGGAGCCUUUCGUGCGGGAGGGCAUGGAGUUUGCAGUGAUCAAGGUGAAGGGCCAGAGCUUCAUGACGCACCAGAUCAGGAAGAUGGUCGGCCUGGUGGUGGCCGUGAUCAAGGGCUACGCCCCCGAGAGCCUGCUGGAACGCAGCUGGGGCGAGGCGAAGGUGGACGUGCCCAAGGCGCCGGGGCUCGGCCUGGUCCUGGAGCGCGUGCACUUCGACAAGUACAACCAGCGCUUUGGCAACGACGGGCUGCAUGAGCCGCUGGACUGGACCCAGGAGGAGGCGGGGGUCGCGGCGUUCAAAGAGCAGCACAUCUACCCCACCAUCAUCAGCACCGAGCGCCAGGAGCGGUCCAUGGCCCGGUGGCUGGGCACCCUGCCUGUGCAUGACUUCGACGCCACCGCCCACGCGGCAGCCGGCCUGGGCGCCAAGGCACCCAGCCCCCUGGGAGACAGCGACUGAGGCGGCGGCUGGCCCACGGGUGCAGGGCCAUCCUCGCCGACCCAGGGAGCCGCGCCGCGGCCCCGCAGCCUCAGGGUCCCGAGACCUGCGUCAGGUUGGGUUCCGUCGCCGGCAGGACCUGUCGCGACUCUGUUUCCAGCUCGUGCAGUAACCGCUCACACCUCAGCACGGAAAGACACUAUUUUUUUAAAAAAGCAGUUUUCUUAUUAAAUAAGUACAAACUUUGCCUAAGGCA